CCAACCUCUCAAUUUUCUAAUACGUACUCCGUAUUAUUGUUCUAUACAAGCAAGCCAAUGGCGUCAUAUUUGUACUCAAAAGCUAUAAAGCUCCGGCUUCUCCAAGUCCAAGACUCGAUCGCUUCAUCCAGAUCCUCGAAGGAGCACCAUCCAUGGCCGAAACCAAGCAAGGACCACCUCUUCACGUCGUGGUGUUCCCAUGGCUCGCCUUCGGCCACAUCGUGCCGUUCCUCGAGCUCGCCGAGCAGCUGGCGAGGCGCGGCCACUUUGUAACCUUCGUCUCCACCCCGAGGAACAUCGCCAGGCUCCGGCCGGUUCCCGGCCGGGAGCUCUCCCCGCGCAUCCGCCUCGUCGGCCUGCCCCUUCCGGCCGUGGACGGGCUCCCGGACGGCGCCGAGUCCACGAACGACGUCCCGCCGGAGAAGGUGGAGCUCCUCAAGGUGGCCUUCGACGGCCUCGCCGGCCCCGUCGCGUCCUUCCUCGCGGAGGCCUGCGCCGGCAGCGCCGGCGGGGAGGGCCACGGCAGGAGGCCUGAUUGGAUCAUCCUCGACUUCGCUCACAGCUGGCUCCCGCCCGUCGCCGAGCAGCACGACGUGCCGUGCGCGCUGUUCCUCAUCUUCCCGGCGCCGUUCGUCGCGUUCCUGGGCCCCAAGGCGGCGAACGACGCGCACCCGAGGACGGCGGCGGAGGAUUUCACCGUCCCGCCGCCGUGGAUCCCGUCCGCGUCUCCCUCCCUCGCCUUCCACCUCCACGAGGCCAGACCGAUCGCCGGCCGGUUCCGGCAGCCCAACGCUUCCGGCACCUCCGACAUGGACCGCUUCUGGGAGACCGAGCGGCGCUGCCGGCUGGUCGUCUGCCGCAGCAGCCGCGAGGUCGACGGCCCGGCCAUCUGCGACCUCCUCCCCGACCUCUACGGCAAGCCCGUCCUGCCCUUGGGCCUCCUCGCGCCGUACGACGCCGCCGCGGUCGCCGCCCACCAUGGCGCCGGCGCCGGCGACGAUGACGACGGGGUCGUCAUGCGCUGGCUCGACGCCCAGCCCGCGAGGUCCGUGCUCUACGUCGCGUUCGGGAGCGAGGCGCCGCUGACCCCUGAGCUCGUCCGCGAGGUCGCGCUCGGGCUGGAGCUCGCGGGCGUGCGGUUCCUCUGGGCGUUCCGGGGAGCUGCCGGCGGCGGCGGCGCCGGGCUGCUCCCGGCCGGGUUCGAGCGCCGCGUCGCCGGGCGCGGGGUGGUGCGCGUCGGGUGGGUGCCGCAGGUGCGGGUGCUGGCGCACGCCGCGGCGGGCGCGUUCUUGACGCACGCCGGGUGGAGCUCACUCGUGGAAGGCCUCCUCCUGGGCCACCCUUUCGUGAUGCUGCCGCUGUUCGGCGACCAGGGCCUCACGGCGCGGCUGAUGGCGGAGAGAGGGGUCGGCCUGGAGGUGCCGAGGCGCGACGACGGCGACGGCGACGGGUCGGUCGUCGCCAGGGAGGACGUCGCGGCGGCGGUGCGGCGGGUGCUAGUUGAGAAGGAAGGGGAGGCGUUCGCGCGCGUUGCCAAGGAGCUCCAGCGGCUUCUCUUGGACAGGGAGAGGCAAGAGGGGUACGUUGAUGAGCUCGCCGGCAAGUUGCUCCAGUGGCGCCACAGAGAAAAGGCUUUCCAAGAAUCCAAGUUACUGUAGACGCUAUUAUAUAUCAAAAUAAAAAGAUUAGUGAAUAUGACAAGGAGCUUCACUCGUGUAUAUGGCCGUUCUCGUUUAUUUGGGUCUCGUUGAUGACCCAAUUUUUUUUUUCUGUUCGUGAACUGUAAACAAUUUCAUUCU